ACCACGCCAAGUAGAAUCAAAACAAGAUGGUGGUAGUCUGGUGGAUUUCUGAAUGAUAAAGGUCUCUCUCUGCUUUUAAAUUUGUUUUCUCAUCACAGGAAGCAUUUUCCUCCCUCUCAGUGUAUGCUUCACUCUAUUUGGAAACUGAAAAGAUAUAUACACCUUUUACUCUGAAUUAGGAGGGACAAUUAGGGAAUUUAGUGGUGAACAUAACUUACGUUGCUGAGUCAUCCGAAAGCUAGAAAUGGCUUCGUACUUUGACGAACACGAACUUACCGACCGAACUAGCAAUCCAGAUUUCUUCCUUGAGCUUGCAAGAAUGCUCCUGUCUCCAAGUGACAUCCUUGAAAUUUCCAGAAUGGCAUUUGAUCAAAUUCAAGCACCACCAGCUUCUAAAGAAGUUGUUGAAUCUUUACCUUCCAUACCUAUUACUACUGAACACAUCGUUAAAGGUUGUUCAUGUCCCAUAUGUCAAGUGGAAUUCAAGAUUGGUGAACUUGUCAAGAAACUUCCUUGUGAUCAUAUGUUCCAUAAGAGUUGCAUUCUGCCGUGGCUGAACAAGACCAACAGCUGCCCUAUGUGUAGGCAUGAGCUGCCUACAGAUGAUCCUAAGUAUGAAGAAAUGAAAGUUUUAAAGGUGAAGGAGCAAGAUCAACAGUUCAGGGUGGAAACACUUCAUGACUCAAUGUUUUCUUAACAAAAUCAGCUGCCUCAAAGAGUUUUGAAGUGUUUAUAUUCUACCAAUUGAUAAUGUUAUGAAAAUGUUACUUAAGGCAAAGUGCGACAAAGGCCAACACUUAGAGAUUUAAGUAUCUAUAACUCUGUUAAAUUUACUUAAUAUUACUUUUUGACACAAUUGCUAUCAUUUGAAAAAAUUACAGCCAGCUUAAAGGCUUUUGAUAAGUAUUGCAUCAAUUGCGAAAGGAUGAUCAUAAUUUUAACAAUUUCAGUGACUGUGUCAAAAAUCAUCUAGACUAAGAAUUCCCAUAUUAAACCCUCAACAUCUAAGAGUGAUAAGUAUCUGGUUUCUCCCAAAAAUAUCACCCCUGUAUGAAACAUUAAGGUCAUGGGAGUUAAGGAAAUUGUAGCAAUCUCAAGAAGUUUGGUUAAAUUCCCCUUGUAAAUAUCAUAGGGAAUUUAUAGAGAACAGUAUAGAGAAGAUAAAUACUGAUAAAACUGUGAAAAUGGUUAAUGCAGAGCUAUCUGAUUUUUACCCCAAUAAUCUAAAUAUUUUAAUUUUAAAAGGAGUUCAUUAAGAUUACAAAAAGGUCUAUUCUUUUCAAACUUGUGGGUAAAAAAAAAAAAUUCUCUGAAUCUAAAUCAGUACAGGAAAAAAAGAACAACUUGCAAUAUUCAACUGGUGCUAUAAUGUGUAUAAAUAUUUGAACUCAAGCUUAGUAAACCACACUGUAAUCAUGAUUCGAACCAAUUUAGUAUAUAAAAAAAUAGAAAUG